AUGGGCCAAAGCUUUCGCCUUAUAGCACCUCACCGUCGCGAGCGACUUUGCUGGUGUGGCAAGCUUGGUGAAAUCCUCUUUGAUGGAUCCGCGUCGACGCUCGUUUCUCUCUUUGCUAGACCCGUUAUACCCUUAAAAUCCGCGGUUAAUGAACCCGAAACCCCACCUGUCGCCGUUCGGAAAACGGUCGUUCCACGAAAAAGGCGAUGGCAGACAGAGGAUUCCUGCGAAUCAUCCCAUUCCCACGAACCCACACGGGACAAAGUUGCUCGGCCCCGGCUCCCUGAGAUGCCAGUUGAGAUCAGCCGUAUUAUCUUCGACUCUUUGGAUAUUACAAGCGUCUUUCUCUUGGGCGUUACCUGCCAGCGACUCUGGGUAAUAGCGAAAUCGGUAAUUGAGCGGCAUUUUGCCGCGUACUUGGGCGCUUGGGCCGGGACACCUAUCGUUUGUGUUGGUACUGGAACUUGCCGUGGUAGAAAUGUCACUUAUCCACAAGGAUUACUGCUCCCGGAGGAUGUUGAUGAGCUCCAAGAAGGGUUGGACCUUGACGAAUUAGAGGAUUGUCUGCCAGACGAAUACGCAGGGAGGCCUGUCAACCUGUACGACAUAGCCGAUGCUCGAUACGACGUCAUCAAGGAUCACGGUGUAUACUUUCCCCAGGACUUGCUAGGCGUCGCUCUCGAUUUUACGCACAAAUAUCCUCGUCCAGCAGAUAUACUUCAAUUAGCAAAUCCAGAGCCCUCUUAUUUCUACCCCACCAAUCAGGAAUGGGUUCUCAGAAAUUUGACCACCCAAGAAUUUGUUCGUCCUACGGCUAUUGCCCUACACAAGAGCCACAUCCACGGCCCAUUUAUUGACAAACUAGGCUAUGGCGAAGUCAUUCUGUCGAGGAUCUGUUGGUCCACGGACGAUUUCACGUCGAUGGCUGGAGAGGGAAUCCAUCAGGGGAUGUGGGCUAGGCAUGCUCUAGAUAUUGUCCCCUCCACCCAUCUAGAUAUUGGUGGCCCAUGGAAAGAUAUCAGCGAUGAAGUUGCGGAGGAUAUUGCAGAGAUCUGGAAAAGUGAAUAUGGCGAGGAUUGGCGAAAACAGCACUGGUGA